CGGCUAAUUUAUUUGUUGUCAAAAUCUUAGACAUCGAUCUUACUUUGACAAACUCAUCAAAUAUAUCAGAAGUUGAAGUUUGAUUGAACAAUACUUUUGAUACAAAUAGUAAUAGGAACUUACUGCUAGACUGAAAUCAUUACUGAGAAUUUGGAAAUAUUUAAACGGACACUAAAAUGGCAUCGUUUGUAACCGCUGUUUCUGCAGUAUUAAUCGUAACAAUUUAUUCAGCUCUUUCUGCACCCACCGGUAGCGAUCAUACAGUUGCCUUCUCUGUUGGCCUUUCAAGCACACAAAAUGUAUACAACAAAGACACAAUCGUUUACGGCGAGGUUUUUGUGAACGAUCAUAAUGGAUACAGCACUUCUACUGGAAUAUUUACAUGCCCAGUACCAGGUCUAUAUGUAUUUCAUUUCCACGCGUACAACUCGAAUAAAGACACGAUAAUGUGGCUCGACCUUCUACACAAUGAUCGUGCCAUGGUAAGUGUUAGUGGCUACAACUCACACACCGUAGGAAGUCAGACUGUGAUGCUGAAAUUACGUCAAGGUGACCGGGUUCAGAUCCAGUCUAAAGAAUCACAAGAAUUCACGUUGUUUGGUCUACAAGAGCAGAUUUAUUCAACGUUUACGGGCUAUAUCCUACACCCUGAUGUAAACCAGCACAUGCAUGAUUCUGGUCCAAUACCCGUUGGAAAAUAGAUAGACAAAAACAUUUAAAUACAACAAAAUCAUUUGAUUUUUAAUAUUACCUAUGUUUAUAUAAAUAUUGUUAAAUCUUCAGCAUAUGUUUAAAAUUUGUUGUAACUGUUUUUUUUUAUAUUAUAUUUUAAUUUUCCAUUAUGUAAAGGAAUAGAAUCACCCAUAGGAAUGCAACCUAUAUUUUUCGUUGAACAAAAACUAAAGUUCUAAGUUACAAGCUUAAUUUGUGAUAGAAAUAGAUGUCAAUAUAAUAGUGCAAACUAAAGAAAAUUUGUCGCAAAGAUACUUAAGUUUCUAAAACAAACCAAUCGACUUUAUAAAUUUAUAUAUAGAUUGUUAUAUAAUAUGUUAGUUUAUAUCUUACAGUUAGACACGUAACAAUUUUAGCCUUAUCUUAAUCCAGGUGUUUAUUUGUCCAUGCUUCUUUUCUACUUUAAAUCGUUUACAAUAAUCUGGAAAUGCUAUUUUUCUUUUACUUUAAUAGCAAACGCUUUCAAACGCACGUAAAAGUUAAAGUUUUUUGACAUAUCAGGUUUCUACCGCAUAAUUUGCUUCGGGAAUGGAUUAAAAUCCCAUACCAUAAUAGGAUUAAAAUCCCAUAUCAUAAUAUGGUUAAUUGGGAAACUUGACUAAAAUUGUACAAUACUACAACCUUACGUUAAGUUAUAUAUGUUAUUAUUCUAUGAAUAAUCAAAAAGCAAAAUUUAAGAAUAUCGCCUUUAUCUUUAUGCAUUCGAUUAUUCCACACCAAAAAUAGUGCAAAAGCAACUGACACGGCAAAUAUGAGACUGUUUCCGACUCACUUUCAAUCUGUUCUUUUUAUAUUUGCUUACUCUUAUCUUUUAAAUAAAACCAUUCAGAUAAGUUUUUUUGGGCAUUUAUCUAUUGCUAAUGAUCAAAGUUUGUGAAUAUCAUUUAAACAUUCACUGUCAACAUCAAUUCAGUCAAACGUACAUUAGACUUUGAGAUAAAAAGUUAUUUUGUUAAAUUUUUCUAGUGUAAUUAAGAGAGUUGUGACAUUAUUCAAAACCAUGAAUAAAAUUUUGUAAUAAUAUAAUUGUAUCUUAUUAGUUUUACAUUAAUAUCAAUAAAAGAGGUGUAUGAUUAUAUAUCAGUUAUAUAUCUAUAGUAAUAAAUCGUUUAAUAAAUUUGUUUCACUUGUU